AUGCCUGACGAGGUGAAUGCUUACCCACUUGCCACGCCACGUGUGGACUUCGUCCCGACAAUACUACGGCCACGCUCCCUUACCCUGUCCAGCCCUCCUAGCGUCCGCUCGUCGAUGCUGUAUGCCUUCUCCCCGACUCCGGAGCAGUCCCGCCCCAGCACUGCUUACGAACACUCAAAACCACAGAACAAUCUGAGAGUCCCGCUGCACAUUCCAUCUGCAUCCGAGGUCACGCUUCCCAAUCCACACAGCGAGCAUGGUCACGACGCCUUGGUCGAGUCGCCCGUUGACAUCCCACUCCCGCCCCCUGCCCGCCUGGUGACUGCUCCUUCAUACCCAGGGCAGCCGCCUGCAGUACCGCCCUCGAUGUCACACUCCGAGCUGUCUUCUGCAGAGGACGCUGUGUACUCGCUUGAACGCGGUCCCACCCCCAUCUCGCAGCACUCAACCAUGUCCGUUAUGCUGGACGAUCCCGAUCGGUAUGUCAAUGUCCACGACCUGCUUCUCGGCCGCCAACUGGGCUCCGAUGCUCAUUUGCUCGGUCGUGACAGCCCGAAGACGAGCCCCUUGGAAGUUUCACACGCAGCAGGACAUCAAUAG